AUGCUCAAGCGCACGCCGUAUGUUUGUGCGCAAUGCACGGUGCAAGCUGGUCGCACGUUAUUCCGCCGUCCACACGCCCAGCGCCGUUAUCAGAGCCAAGUCUCAGACAGUCGUCCAUUUCGCAUUGCUAUCAUAGGAUCCGGACCGGCCGGCUUUUACGCAGCCUACAGAUUACUUGCAAAGGUUGAGGAUGCCGUGGUGGACAUGUACGAGAAAUUACCGGUGCCGUUCGGACUGGCACGGUACGGUGUCGCGCCGGACCAUCCUGAAGUUAAGAACUGCGAAGAAAAGUUCACCGAGGUCGCAGCGAGCCCGCGAUUCAACUUCAUUGGCAAUAUCGAGCUGGGCGCAAGUCUCCCGCUUGAAACCUUGAAGCCGCAUUAUGAUGCGAUCCUGUUCGCUUACGGAGCUCCAAAAGACAAGAGGCUAGGCAUCCCUGGAGAGGAUGCAUUGCGUAACGUGUACUCGGCGCGAGAAUUUGUCGGGUGGUACAAUGGUCUUCCGGAACACCGUGAUCUGGCACCAGAUCUGACAGCUGGCGAAGAUGCCGUGGUUGUUGGUCAAGGCAACGUCGCUUUAGAUGUGGCCAGGAUACUCUUGUCGGACAUCAAUACCCUUCGAAAGACGGAUAUUGCAGAGUAUGCGGUGGAGGAGCUGGUCAAGAGCAAGAUCAAGCGUGUCCGAGUUGUCGGCCGUCGCGGGCCCAUGCAGGCCGCCUUCACCAUCAAAGAACUCCGAGAGCUACUUCAGCUUCCGUCCGUAUCAUCUGACCCCAUUCCUCGGGACCUCUUCCCAUCCGAGGAAGCCGUGGCUGCCCUUCCCCGUGCCCAAAAGCGAUUGAUUCAAUUGAUGGCCAAGGGAUCCACCGACGACCCUACCACUGCAACCAAGUCAUGGUCACUCGAUUUCCUCCUUUCGCCUGAAUGCCUGACAUGGUCCCCCGUACACCCCUACCGGCUAUCCUCCGUCAAGUUCUCCCGGAACGAAUUAGACCCAAACGACCCUCACAGUCCCAGCGCCAAGGUCACACCGAAGUUCCUCUCAAACGGGAAGCGAGCACAAGUCAACCUCCCUGCCAGUACCUUCUUCCGCAGUGUCGGGUACAAGUCCCUUCCGCUGGCUGGACUGGAGGAUCUGGGCGUGGAAUUUGAUUCCGACCGCGGGGUGAUCCCCAACGACGGCUUCGGCAGAAUCACCGGACCAACCACAGCCGGUAACGUUGACCCUCUCCCGGACGGGUCGCUGAUCUCGUAUCUUCCGGGCCUCUACUGCGCGGGCUGGGUCAAGCGUGGUCCCACGGGUGUCAUUGCCACCACGAUGACUGAUGCAUUUACUACCGCGGAAACCAUCGCUGCGGACAAGGCAAGACAAGGGGGUAAGGGGUCCUUGCUGCACGGACCGGGUCAUAGCACUGGUCUUGGUUGGGAGGGCGUACGACCCGAAGCGGAGAAGCGCGGGUUGCGGUCGACGACCUGGCAGGAUUGGGAACGUAUUGACCGGGCUGAGCGGGAGCGAGGGCGGCAGAAGGGGAAGGUUCGGGAUAAGUUCGGGAGAGUGGAAGAAAUGCUGGAGGUUGUAGCAUAG